UUUGUUUUGAAGCAGAAGGGGGAAUGAAACACUCCACUCAGCAUUGGGCUACAUUUUGUGUGAGCAAAGUUCCAGGAUUUGCUUCAGUGACUAUUCAGCAAUGGCAAGCCUUUCAGAAAUUAUCAAUCUCAAUGUGGGGGGUGUCAGGUUCUCUACGUCCAGACAGACGCUGACCUGGAUCCAAGACACCUUCUUCACCGCCCUGCUCAGUGGCAGGAUCUCCAGCAUGCGCGAUGAAACCGGCGCCAUCUUCAUCGAUCGUGACCCAAAGCUGUUCCGCGUCAUCCUCAAUUACCUGCGCACCAGGGACAUUGACCUAAGCGCGCUGGAGCUGGACGCGCUGCGGCACGAGGCCGAGUUCUACGGGCUGCAGCCGCUGGUGAGGCGGCUGGCGCUGUGUCAGGACCUGGCGGCGCCCACCUGCGGCAGCGUGCUCUUCCACGGCCUGCUGCCGCCGGCCGGUCAGUGUGCUGCGCCGACCCGCGCUGGCGGGCGCCGCCCCACGUCGGCGGCGGCGGCAGUCCGGCCCGGCUCCAUCGUCCGCCUGCCGGAGACGCCGCGCUCCCACUCCCGGCAGUCCUCGGCCGACCUGAGGUUCGUGGCCGGCCUGGCGCCACGGCCGCCGGCGGCGCUGCCCCGGCCGGGCCACUCUCGCGGCGGCUCGCUCGACCUCCGCCACGCGCACUCGCGGAGCUCGUCUGCCGACCUGAGCCGCCUUCUGCGCGCCGACCUUGGGCCGCUGCUGGCGCCGCCUGGCGGCGGCUGGGCCGAGCCGGCCGGUGUGCGGCUCAUCCGGGGACACCACAACUGGCUGGUGGCUGCCUACGCACACCACGUCUCCUGCUAUCGGAUGAAGGACUCCACGGGCUGGCACCUGUUCUACACAUCGCCGCACAUCCCGGCCACCAUAGACCGUGUGGCGAUCAACGCCAAGGUGGUGCCGAACGGUUCUGUGGCCGACACCAGCACCAAGAUGCUGGGCAUCAGCUGCGGCGGCACUGUCCACCUCUGGGGCAUCUCCGAGGACGGCUCCAAGUCGGACGUCGGCCAGUUCAACCUGGGCGUACCAGUGGAGCACCUGUUCUUCAUCGGGCCGCAGCUGGUGGGGCUGUCGUCGGUGGGCAGGAUCGGCGUCUGGCACGCCAUGACGCACCACUGGCAGGCGCAGGAGGUGGGCCACAUCUCCAGCUUCGACCGCGCCGGCAGCUUCCUCCUGCUCGGCGGCACCAACGGCUCCAUCUACUACAUCGACAUGCAGAAAUUCCCGCUGCGUAUGAAGGACAACGACCUUCUGGUGACGGAGCUGUACCAUGACGCCAGCGACGAUCCUAUCACUGCCAUCAGCGUGUACCUGACUCCCAAAACGAGUAAGUCCGGCUGGGCCGAGUCAUAUUCAGGCGGUAGCGCGCUGUAA